AUGAAUGAGAACGUGACAGGCGGUGUCGGCCGAAGGCGCAGUGUCAGUAAUACUGCACGGUCCAUCAUGAGCAGGUUCAGCGAUACCUCCAGAGAGCGACAAGGACCCGAAUAUGAGACAGAGGUUGUUGAUCUCCUAGAUGUGCUUGAUCCUGAGGUUUCGACUUUGACAACCUUGAACAACGUGCAGAACUCGUUGUUCGUGCCAGAUCUUGGAAAAUGGAUCAACAGGAGGCCCACAUACAAUCUCAGUCGCCGGACGACCCAAACACGGCGGCCAGAGCCUGUCAAAGAGGAAACCGGCAUGGCUCCUGUUCAGAGAGGGCUGGCGGGCACAGAAGAGCCCGCUCCGGAGCCGACAGAGGAGGAAUUAGCACCCCCAGAAACCAUGCAAAGGACUUGGUCAUGGCAGCGUAGACCUCAGAUCGAACGCACUCACAGCAUCACUUCAGUUGUCACAGACUCGCACUAUGCCGUGCUCCCACAUGGCGUGUCGCUGGACGGAUGGAGCGAAGAGGAUAAAGAGGCCCUCGAUGACCAUGUCCGACAUAUGCUGCACUCGAAACGGUCAAAAUUCAAGCAGCGGAUGAUCGCCUUUGGCAAGUACAUCCAAAAACCACUCGGAUUCUUUGUGUUUCUUUACGCGACUUUGAUCACGCUCUUUGGUCUGGCUUGGGUCCUCUUCUUGAUCGGUUGGAUCUACGUUGGAGACCGAAAAGACUACAUCACCGACGUCAUUGAUAACGUGCUGGUCGCCCUGUUUGCUAUCAUGGGUGAUGGUCUCGCGCCGUUCCGAAUGGUGGAUACCUACCACAUGAUCUUCAUUGCUCACUAUCACCACAAGAGCUGGAGGCUAAGGCGAGAAAGGGCCCUACCGAAGCUCCACGACCAUAAUGAUCUGCCUGAACAGCGGGAAAAGGAAGCCGACCCAGAAUCUGCAAAGCCCGAGGACCAUGAAUUUUCCGUCUUGAACCCCAAACAACAGCAGAAGCUGAUCCACCACCAGGCCAAGUUCUCGAAGUCGCAUUCUUUCUACAAGCCGCAUGAGACGGGAACCCACUACGCGUUCCCUCUUCAUCUACUCGUGGCUAUUGUCGUACUCCUGGAUUGUCAUUCGCUUUUCCAGAUCGCUCUUGGCACCUGCACCUGGGCCAUCGACUAUCAUACCCGUCCACAAGCUUUGACAGCCACCAUUCUGUCGUGCUCUAUCACCUGCAACAUCACCGCGGGUAUACUCAUUACUGUAGGAGACCGGAAGACCAGGAAGAAGGACGUUGCGUUGAGGAUGCAGAGACAACAGUUGACCCAGACUGCCAUCGAAAAGGUGGAGAAGCACAAGAGGGAGCGCGAGCAACAAGCCGAAGAACAAGCACGGCUCACCGACGCGCCCCGCAACUUCGAGGUUAUUGACGAGGAAACGACCACGGACUCGAAUAUCCCAAGUCAAUCAAACUCUAGGACUCAUUAG